AUGGCAAACGCGUUCGAUGACGGCGCCCUGAAGGCCCACGGCCGGGCGGCCGGCGGCUGGAAGUCCUGGUCCACCAAGAAACGACUGCUUGUCAUCGGCAGCGUCCUCCUCGUCAUCGUCGCGCUGGCCGUCGGCCUCGGCGUCGGCCUGGGUAUCGGACUGGGCGGCGGCGGCGGCGGUGAAGAAGAGGGCGGUGGUGAGGGCGAGACGCCCGGAGGCGGGGGCAACGUGACGACGGCCAAGUGGCAGCCAGCGGUGGGCACAAAGUGGCAGAUCGUGCUGUACUACCCGCUCAACGACACGUCGGUCGACGCAGACAUCUACGAUAUCGACCUCUUCAACAACGACAAGGCGACGCUGGACGCGCUGCACAAGCAAGGCCGCAAGGUGAUCUGCUACUUCUCGGCGGGCAGCUGGGAGAACUGGCGGCCAGACAAGGAUAAGUUCAAGGACUCGGACAAGGGCAGCGUGAUGGACGGGUGGCCGAACGAGAAGUGGCUGAACCUGCGGUCGGCGAACGUGCGGUCGAUCAUGCAGACGCGGCUGGACAUGGCGGUGCAGAAGGGCUGCGACGGCGUCGACCCGGACAACGUCGACGCGUACGACAACGACGGCGGCGGGCUCGACCUGACGGCGGAGGACUCGAUCGACUACAUGACCUGGCUGGCGAACGAGGCGCACGGGCGCAACAUGUCCAUCGGGCUCAAGAAUGCCGGCCAGAUCAUCCCGUCCGUCAUCAAGAACAUGCAGUGGAGCGUCAACGAGCAGUGCGCGCAGUACAGCGAGUGCGACACCUAUGCGCCGUUCGUGCAGCAGGGCAAGCCCGUCUUCCACAUCGAGUAUCCCAAGGGCGACGACACCAACAACCAGAUGUCGGUGACGGCGAGCCAGAAGAACAAAGCCUGCGACUUUGGGUACGGCAAUUUCUCGACGGUCAUCAAGAAUAUGGAUCUGGAUAAUUGGAUUGAGACGUGCUAG